AUGUCAGGUAACGCGAACGACCCCAACACGUUCACCACGCCCGUGUUCUCGCGCAAAUUGCAACAAACCCUACAAUUCGUGGCCAAACGCUACCUUCCCCCGGCGCACGGAAGCGCACCCGAUGGGGCUACCCUAGUCUGCUUCCACGGCUCGGGUUCACACAAAGAGGUGUGGGAACCCGUGCUCGAGCGCAUAUUCGCCGCCGCCGCCACGACCCCCCGUCUGCGCAUUCGCGAAGCGUGGACCUUCGACAUGCAAAGUCACGGCGCGUCUGCGCUGCUGAACAGCCACGUCCUGGACGGGCUAGAGGCUGGAUUGCCCGUGGACGAAUACGCUCUCGCGUUCAAGCACUUCGUCGCCACAGAUAGACUCCAAGGGCACAGGCUCGUCGGUAUCGGGCAUUCGCUGGGCGUCACCGCCGUAAUCCUAUCCGCGGUUGCGGACGAGAUGCCCGCGGUCCGGUACGAGCACGUCAUCGUGAUCGAGCCCGCGCUCGCGAGCUACGAGUGCUACCAGGAGAACCCGGACGACAUCAUGAAGGACACCGCGCGCGCGACGCUCAAGCGGCGCGAUACGUGGAAGAGCCGCGAUGAUGCGCGGGCAUACCUCGCGGCGCGCCUCCCGUGGGCGAUGUGGGACGCGCGCGCGCGCGAGCUAUACGUCCGCCACGGAAUCAAGGACGUCGCUGGAGGCGUUACGCUGUGCUGCUCGAAGAUGCACGAAGGUGCUGCGUACAUAUACUACGACCAAUGCUUCCGCGCUGUGGACAGCCUGCGAUCGGGCAUCGACCCCGCGGUGCCCGUCCACUGGAUACUGGGGACGCGCGAAGAUUUCCUACCCCAGCUCGCUCACGACUCGGUGAUGUGCGUGCGCAAGAUUGCGUCGCUGCGGCGCGUGCCGAAUGCGGGCCACUUUGUCGUACAGGAGAACCCCGACGGGCUCGCGAACGCAAUCGUACAGAUCCUCACAGGCGAUGUUGCUCACCGCUCUAACUUGUGA